UGCUUCAUGAACUCCAUCCUGCAGUGCCUGAGCAACACCAAGGAGCUGCGGGAUUACUGCCUGCAGAACCAGUACCUGAGGGACCUCAACAACAACAGCCGCAUGAGCACAGCGCUCAUGUCAGAGUUUGCAAAGCUGAUUCAGCUGCUCUGGACCUCAUCCCCCAAUGACAGCGUGAGCCCCUCCGAGUUCAAGACACAGAUCCAGAGAUAUGCCCCCCGCUUCGUCGGCUACAAUGAUGAUGAGAAGAGCCGCCAGAUGUGGAGGAGGUACCAGGAGAGGGAGGACAGCCGCAUUGGUGCCUUUGACCCCUUCUGGGACCUGUCUCUGCCUAUCCCCAAGAAAGGCUACGGGGAGGUGACUCUCAUGGACUGCCUACGGCUCUUCACCAAAGAGGAUGUCCUGGAUGGGGACGAGAAACCGACGUGUUGUCACUGCAAAGCCAGGACGAGGUGCACAAAGAAAUUCAGCAUCCAGAAGUUCCCUAAGAUCCUGGUGCUUCAUCUGAAGCGCUUCUCAGAAGCCAGGAUACGAACAAGCAAGCUCACCACCUUCGUCAACUUCCAGCUGAAGGACCUGGACCUCCGGGAGUUUGCCUCGCAGAGCUGCAACCACGCCAUUUACAACCUCUACGCCGUCUCCAAUCACUCGGGCACCACCAUGGGGGGACACUACACUGCCUACUGCAAGAGCCCCGUCUCCAGCGAGUGGCACAGCUUCAACGACUCUCGUGUUACCCCGAUGUCAUCCAGCCAUGUCCGCAGCAGCGAUGCCUACCUGCUCUUCUACGAGCUGGCCAGCCCAUCCUCCCGCAUGUAG